UUAAAACAUGAGAAAGACCCUUUCAAACUCCUCCCAGUCCAGUUCCAUACCUGCAAACACCUCCCCUUACACCUUCCAGCCCCCAAACAGCCUCCCUUCUCCUGCCGCCAUCUAUUGUCCUACUCCUAAACCACCAGCUUCAGUCCACCCCAUGGUCACGCGCCUUCGUCAAAAGACUUCUUCCCAGUCCACUUGUUCUCAGACCUCUACUUCAGAUACUUCCAGUCAGCAAGCCGGCCAGCAGCCCACCGGCCGGCUGAUGGGGAAGCUCACUGGGAAAGCGCCGAGAUCGAUGAUGCCGAAGACUGUUGAGCAGAAGCUGAAGAAAAGAUUGAAGGGAAACGCGAGAAGGAAAGAUGAAGAGAUUGUGGAGAAGAACAAAGGGGUUAGAAAUAGUUUAGAUGAUAAGAAGUCUGAUGGGUCGAAAAUUAGUCAGGUAAAAGAUGAUAAACUUCAACAAAGGAGUGAAGUAGAGGAUAAUUUUCUAUCAGAAACUAGUUCCAAGCAGGAAAGCUUCAAGAAAGAGUCUUACAAAUCUGAUAUUAUUGGCUGUACUGAAGAUACACUGAGUAAUGACAAAACUGAUCCCACUGAAAUAUCCAAAUCCCAAGCUACUUACCAAUCAGUAGAGACAAAAACUGUUCCCUCUCCCAAAACCACCCCUUCCAAGCCCCCCUCCGUACAAGACCCCUCAAACGCUGCCUCUUCUUCUCCAAAACCCCCAUCUCACAGGAAGAGGCAGAAGCCAUCAGGAACCCCCUCUAGUCACUCCCAGAAGUCCAAUAAGAUCCAGAAAGUCACUGAGAAUCUCGAGGAUGAAGCAGAAGUGCCUGAAGCCGAGGAAUCUGAAAGCGAAGGUGAAGAAGAAGCUGAGAGUGGGGAAGAGUCGAAGCAAGAAGGUGGUGAAGAAUCGGUGGGUGAGAAUGAGAGUGAGAAUAAGUCAAGUUCGAAGAAGUCAAGUUCUGAUAAGUCAAGUUCGGAUAAGUCAAGUUCGGAUAAGUCAAGUAAGAAGAGAGAUAAGAAAGCGGAAGAUAUUGAGGGAGAAGGAGAGACUGAUGCUGAAGGAGAGAGCGAGUCAGAAGCUGAUGGAGAAGAUGAAGGUGAUUCAGAACCAGAUUCGGAAGACAAUCCUUCUCUCGGACUUAUGGAGAACUUUGAAGAGCAGUAUAAUAUCAUUAUGAAGAGAGUGAAAAAGAUCAGCAAGUUAGUCAAUACCAAUGGCCAGGCGAGGAUAAUGAGAGUGUUAAGAAAAGCUUUCUGUGAACCUGCUUUUGUAAAAAGAAAUCUUCCAUAUAAUAGCAGCUUCUGGAUAUCUCAAAAUAAAUCCCUCGAACCUUUGGACUAAACUAAAAUCCAUACCUCCCUCAAAACAUUUUAACUCCUCCUCUAAAAACUC